AUGGCUCAGCAGCAAGCACUGAGGUUUCGCGGCCCGGCUCCCCCACCAAACGCCGUCAUGAGAGGCCCACCGCCUCUCAUGCGACCCCCUCCACCUUUCGGUAUGAUGCGAGGUCCUCCUCCACCACCCCGCCCCCCUUUCGGACGUCCUCCGUUUGAUCCAAACAUGCCUCCGAUGCCGCCUCCAGGAGGGAUUCCUCCGCCGAUGGGACCUCCGCAUUUACAGAGACCACCAUUUAUGCCUCCUCCCAUGGGUAGCAUGCCACCACCUCCUGGUAUGAUGUUCCCUCCGGGAAUGCCGCCUGUCACUGCCCCUGGAACACCAGCAAUGCCCCCAGCUGAAGAGAUAUGGGUAGAAAACAAAACUCCAGAUGGCAAGGUCUAUUUCUAUAAUGCGCGUACACGUGAGUCAGCGUGGACUAAGCCAGAUGGGGUCAAAGUUAUUCAGCAGUCGGAGCUGACGCCAAUGCUGGCUGCGCAAGCCCAGGCGCAAGCCCAGGCCCAGGCAGUUGGUGGCUCCACACCGACCACCAGUAGUCCUGCGUCCGCAGCGUCUCCGUCCACGUCCUCGAGUACUCAGUCUUCCACAACCUCUACCACAACCACAGCCACUUCGGUUUCACAGACGAUUUCCACACCUACCACACAAGACCAGACCCCGAGUUCGGGUGUUUCAGUUGCCACACCAUCAGUCAGUGUUUCAACCUCUGCUCCUUCUGCUACACCUGUGCAGACUGUACCCCAGCCAGUCCCACAGACAUUGCCUCCUGCAGUUCCUCAUGCAGUGCCUCAACCAACUGCAGCAAUUCCUGCUUUUCCACCAGUAAUGGUACCUCCAUUUCGUGUCCCCCUUCCUGGCAUGCCUAUUCCACUUCCAGGUGUAGCAAUGAUGCAAAUAGUCAGCUGCCCGUAUGUAAAGACAGUCGCUACCACCAAGACCGGUGUCUUGCCAGGCAUGGCCCCUCCCAUCGUACCCAUGAUCCAUCCUCAGGUUGCUAUUGCCGCUUCACCGGCUACCUUGGCUGGAGCAACAGCAGUCUCUGAGUGGACAGAGUACAAAACAGCCGACGGAAAGACUUACUAUUAUAACAACAGGACUUUGGAGUCAACGUGGGAAAAACCCCAAGAACUGAAAGAAAAAGAAAAAAUGGAGGAGAAGAUUAAAGAGCCAAUUAAAGAACCUACAGAGGAGCCUUUACCAAUGGAGACAGAAGAAGAAGAGCCGAAAGAAGAACCUAUAAAAGAACUUAUAAAGGAGGAGCCGAAAGAGGAAGAAAUGACUGAAGAAGAAAAAGCAGCUCAGAAGGCCAAGCCGGUUGCAACCACCCCUAUUCCAGGAACCCCGUGGUGUGUGGUGUGGACUGGUGAUGAGCGUGUUUUCUUCUAUAACCCUACCACUCGUCUUUCUAUGUGGGACCGACCAGAUGACCUAAUUGGAAGAGCUGAUGUGGACAAAAUUAUUCAAGAACCUCCUCACAAAAAAGGAAUGGAAGAAGGAAAAAAACUUAUUAGAGAAGAGCAUGAAUCUACGGAGGAAGCAAACGAAGAUGAGCCGAUUAAAAUUAAAAAGCGCAAGAAAGAUGAUAACAAAGAUAUUGAUUCAGAGAAGGAAGCUGCUAUGGAAGCUGAAAUUAAAGCUGCUCGAGAGAGAGCAAUUGUCCCUCUGGAGGCUCGGAUGAAGCAAUUCAAGGACAUGCUUCUAGAAAGAGGGGUCUCUGCUUUUUCAACAUGGGAGAAAGAGCUACACAAGAUAGUUUUUGAUCCUCGUUACUUACUUCUCAACCCGAAAGAAAGAAAACAGGUAUUUGAUCAGUAUGUGAAAACCCGAGCAGAAGAAGAGCGCAAGGAGAAGAAAAACAAAAUAAUGCAGGCCAAGGAGGAUUUCAAGAAAAUGAUGGAAGAAGCAAAGAUUAAUCCAAGAACUACUUUUAGUGAAUUUGCAGCCAAGCAUGCUAAAGACUCGAGAUUCAAGGCAAUUGAAAAGAUGAAAGAUCGAGAGGCCUUGUUUAAUGAGUUUAUCACAGCGGCAAGAAAGAAGGAAAAAGAAGAUUCGAAGACCCGAGGUGAGAAGAUCAAAAUGGACUUCUUUGAACUACUGGCUAAUCACCACCUGGACAGUCAGUCUCGCUGGAGCAAAGUGAAGGACAAAGUAGAGACUGACCCCCGUUACAAAGCAGUGGAUAGCUCCUCACAGAGGGAAGACCUUUUCAAACAGUACAUAGAAAAAAUAGCUAAGAAUUUAGAUUCUGAAAAAGAAAAGGAGCUGGAAAGACAAGCUCGCAUUGAGGCAAGUUUGCGUGAACGAGAAAGGGAAGUCCAGAAAGCUCGUUCGGAGCAAACCAAGGAAAUAGAUAGAGAACGUGAGCAGCACAAACGGGAAGAAGCUAUACAAAACUUCAAAGCGCUUCUGUCUGACAUGGUGCGUUCUUCAGAUGUGUCAUGGUCUGAUACCAGAAGGACUCUUCGCAAAGAUCAUCGAUGGGAAUCUGGCUCCUUGCUAGAAAGAGAAGAGAAAGAGAAGCUCUUUAAUGAACACAUUGAAGCACUUACCAAAAAGAAGAGGGAACACUUUAGGCAACUUCUGGAUGAAACUUCAGCGAUAACUUUAACAUCAACAUGGAAAGAAGUGAAAAAAAUCAUUAAAGAAGAUCCAAGGUGCAUUAAAUUUUCUUCGAGUGACAGGAAAAAACAAAGGGAGUUUGAGGAAUACAUUAGAGACAAAUACAUUACUGCCAAAGCUGACUUCCGAACACUAUUGAAAGAGACCAAAUUUAUAACAUACAGAUCCAAAAAGUUGAUCCAGGAGUCAGAUCAGCACCUGAAAGACGUAGAGAAGAUAUUACAAAACGACAAGCGAUACCUGGUACUUGACUGCGUACCAGAAGAGAGACGUAAGCUCAUUGUGUCCUACGUAGAUGACCUGGACCGUCGGGGCCCACCUCCACCUCCCACAGCUUCAGAGCCUACAAGACGAACAACAAAAUAGUUACGAAAUACUCUUUAAGCCAAGGGUAACUGUUAAAUCAAAAAGCUUGCAUGAGCCAUCUGUCAGGUUUAUACAUAUACAUUACCGUGAAUAUAUUGCAAAACCAUCAGAGGAGCAGAGGAAGAAGCAGCAUUUGUGAACAUAAAAUGGUCUCGGGGU